UUGGAGGAGACAGAAGAGACAUCGUGUAGGACAGCGAGGCCAGAAUGAAUGAGCAGAGGAGUGGCCUCAGGCUGGAGAGGGGCAAGAGAAAGGCAGUGUGGGCAAAGGGACCUCCCUGUUUUCACCAGCUUCCUCCUGUAGAUAAAGAUUUACAUGUGGAUUCUGAGAACAUUUAAAACAUCAGAAGAAGAGAAACCUCAUCCAAACCCAGGAGUCUGUCCCCCAGUCAGAGAGCAGAAGUCACUCUCUGCAGGUCUUACAUUUCAACUAAGGUUACACAGAACUUCUGACUAAGCAUGGAAAGCAACUUCCAGUAUGGUGGGAUGCUAGGACGUUUUCAGCAGCACUGGGAAGCCAAACUUUGUGUAGCUGUGCCUGCAGAGAACUGUCCUUUGGACAGCUAGAACUCAAGGUGGGUUUGCAAAGGUAAAACUUGCGCAGCAUCGUCUCACUGGUGAAAAAGUUGCGAUAAAAAUCAUGGACAAACUUGCUCUACAGGAUGAUUUGCCUCGUGUUAAAUUAGAAAUUGAUGCCAUGAAGGACUUGAGUCACCAGCACAUUUGCCGGUUGUAUCAUGUGAUUGAAACACCUAAGAAAAUAUUCAUGGUUUUAGAGUACUGUCCUGGAGGAGAGUUGUUUGAUUACAUAAUUUCUAAGGACCGCCUUUCCGAGGAGGAAGCUCGUGUAUUUUUUCGGCAGGUCGUUUCAGCAAUUGCUUAUGUGCACAGUCGAGGAUACGCCCACAGGGAUCUCAAACCGGAAAAUUUGCUGAUUGAUGAGGAACAUAACCUGAAGCUGAUAGACUUUGGACUUUGUGCAAAGCCAAAGGGUGGCCUUGAUUACCAUCUGAACACAUGCUGUGGAAGCCCAGCUUAUGCAGCACCAGAGCUGAUUCAGGGCAAAGCAUACAUUGGCUCAGAGGCAGAUAUUUGGAGUAUGGGAGUACUGCUGUAUGCUCUGCUGUGUGGUUUUCUCCCCUUUGAUGAUGACAAUGUUGUGGCUGUCUACAGGAAGAUACUGAGAGGAAAAUACAGUAUUCCAAAGUGGCUCUCUCCUAGUAGUACACUGCUCCUUGACCAAAUGCUGCAGGUUGACCCAAAGAAGAGGAUUACAGUCAAACACCUGUUAAGUCACCCUUGGCUUAUGCAAGGCUACUCUGAUGCUGUUCAGUGGCAAAGUAAAUACCCACUGGGACAUCUUGAUGAGGACUGCAUAACAGAGCUUUCUGUGUUUCAUGAGCAGAGCAGGGAGACUAUAAUGGAAUUAAUAACAGAGUGGAAGUAUGACCAGAUGUCAGCAACAUACCUCUUGCUUCAAUCCAAGAAGGCUCGCGGCAAGCGUGUGUGUUUAAGGUUUCCAUGUCUAACACAGCAUGCCAGAACCAUGCCGUUGGCAGGCCUCAAGUCUGAAAACAUUGUGAUGUGUGAAGACAUGCCAGACUGCAGUGAAAUGCCAUGCGCGUUUGGAUCUAUGGAAUUUUCAGAUACGGCUUCACUGUUUAAAGAAUCUCCCUUAGAAGAAUUUAUUCUAAAUACUCAUGGAACAAAACAGCAUUCAAAGCCUGAGGCUCAAUUGGAUGAUACGGAAUUCACACUGUCAACUCCAGUGACAAAAAAAGUGGCAUCAAAGAAGCAUAAAAACAAAGAGAAUGUAGAGACAGAGUCAGCUUUAAUAAAUGAAAUGCCCUUUGCACUUCCUGCUCCAAAAACUCCUUUUGCGAAGAGUCAGAUUGAGACACAGGAACAAGCCGUACCCCCUCACACACCUGCCUUCAAAGAGAGCCAGUUCACUGCAGUCACCCCAAUUAAACCCACAAACCUGACAAACACAGAUGAAUUCACAGCAGCUGAGGUUCUUCAUGAAAGAAGCAGAUGUCACUCGGUGGAAUUAGAUCUCAACCUAGGUCACGUGGAUAGCAGCCAAAAGAAGAGAAAAGCCAAAAUAUUUGGAAGUCUUGAAAGAGGCUUAGAUAAAGUGAUCACAAUGCUUACGCCAAGCAAGAAGAAACGAUGCACUAGAAGUUGUCCAAGGAAACGUAAGGCACACUGCAAUGUUACCGUCACUCACCUACUGAAUCCAGACCAACUGUUGAAUGAAAUAAUCACCGUUCUUUCAAAGAAGCAUGUGGAAUAUGUUCAGAAGGGUUAUACCCUGAAAUGUCGAACACGGUCAGAUUUUGGUAGAGUGACAAUGGAGUUUGAGUUAGAAGUGUGUCAACUCGAUAAAACUGAAGCAGUGGGUAUUUGGCGACAACGGCUUAAAGGUGACGCCUGGGUCUACAAGAGGCUGAUGGAAGACAUCUUAUCUAGCUGCCAAGUGUGAGUGGCAGAGGCUUUUAUCAUGACGUUUUGGAAAGGUCUGUUCAGAGAAGUAAUUCUUUGUCACGGUCACAGCUAUAUUUGAAAAAUCUGUCAUAUUUCUUCGGUCUUAACCAUCCCUUUUUUUACAUAUGCCUUCUGUAUGUUUCCUUUAUUAGGUUCAUAAUUAAUGUUCUGCAACUGCAACUUUUCUGAAGCAAAAUUCUGUAAGCUGUUCCCUCUCUCAUAUAUUUUUCACAUAUCUGGGUUAAAAAAGUAGUGGUGUUUAUGUGCUGAAGCUUUUUGUGCUAUGUCUUCAGUUAUCAAGUGCAUGUGGCACAGAAAUAGUAAUUUGCAUAAUUCUCUUGUCUCUGCUUAAGUAGGAUUUAUUGAGAUCAUUAACUAAGUCACAGCUGUGGUUUCCAGAGUUACACUAUAUGCUCAGUGUUGUACAAAAUAGGACUGGCUUCAAUAAAUGUGAAGUCAAGAGUGCUUGGAUUUAAACUGUGAUCUCAUAUAAAGUGUUGCCGUAUCUCAUUACAAAGCCUCAAUGACACUUAAUAAGCCUGUGCACUUUCUGAUGCUCUCAUGUUAACGUGAUGAUAUAAGGAUCACUGAAGAACAACAGCACCUUUGAACUGUUGGGAAUGGAGAAGGCAUUUGUAACCCUGACUGUCUACAAGGAAUCCAGUGACACCUUUAACAGAAUUUAAGCACCAGACAUAAAACUCGAAAUAUGCAGAACAAGAAAGGACACCUAAGAGGUGGCUGGGGGGGUUGGGGUAAUACCUUUAGAAAAUGGUGCAUGUGCUUGUGCUGUCUGUUGUGUGGAUUGUUUAUUUUUGCCUUUAGCUAUGCUUCAGCAGCAACCACAUCUGGCUAAACCCAAGCAACAGCAGUGGGAAGACACAUGUUAAAGCCUUGCUGUAUGCAAAGACAUCCAGUAAUACCUAGACAAGUUGACAGUGUACUGCAGCUUUUUCUUAAACUACCUGGAGGCAACUGGCACAUGCUGCAUGUACAGCCCACGUUAUCGCCCAUUAACUAGAGCCUGAGGCACAUCCACACAAGGGUUAGGUGGGUGGAGGGCUGAGCAUUGCUGAAAACUUGCACUGACAGACAUGAGAUACGGCUGGUAAUGAAAGCUGUCUGCUUGUUUCCUGUGACCAUUACUGCAGAACUGGAGGAGGUCUUUUGUGUCUACCAAGAUAGAAGUGUCCCUCAAUGCUUUUUUCCAAUGCCAAGUUGUCAGUUUACUGCUUUUUAGACAGGUAAAGGAACAGGGACAUUUUUAGCGGUUUUGAAGAAAAAGUAGGAAUACUUGCAAGCAGGGAGAGCAAAGAGAAAACUGUUGCUCUUCGAAACAUUUCUGGUCAAGAACCUUUUAGAUGCAGAAGGGACUAGAAGGAAAAGAGGGACAACAUGAACAAUGACGCAAGUCCACCUGACAGAGGUUGAGAGGUUGUAAUGAGAGUCAGGGUUGGUCGGUCAUGUUAAUUGAUAAGGGAUGCGGAACGUGGUCGCGUUCACUUUGGAAAGGUUAUGUAACUGAGGACCUUGUCAAAUGGCAUAGUAAGGAAAAGGGGGAAAGUCAGAAAUAAAAAAUAUAGAGAUGCAAACCUGACAGGCAGUCCUGCAAGGAGAAGGGAGUCAGACUUGAUGAUCCUCGUGAGUUCCUUCAACUUGAUGUAUUCUGUGAUUCUGUUCAGUGACAGAAAGACAAUAAAUGCUGUCAGUCACAGCGAGGGGAGGGGCUUUGGGAAAACUGCAGCAAAUUGGGACUUUGCAGCUAGUGAGACUGGAAUCCUGAGGGUGUGGGAUAUUGGGGGGAGUCAAUGGGAAGGUGCCAGCUGAUAGGGUGAUGCUCAGGAGUUUCAGUCCAGUGCUGGCUGUGGGGCAGAGUGUCUGCACCCCCCCAAGCCAUGUUGAGUGUGGGUAUUCCCCAGGAAAUGUGAAGCUGGACCAACAGGUAAGCAGGAUGCCCUAGGUCUGGGCAGGGGUGUCAGGUGGGCAAAGACUGCAUGUUGGUUUUGAGGGGGACACACAAGCCUGGGGUGUGCUGAGGGGCCCAUGUGUGAGUGCUGCAUGCUUUCAGUGAGCACUGGGCUAGACCAGACAGCAAGGAGGGGACACACAUACAGUCAAGGUACAGGCAGUGUUCUGCGGUACUCUUGGCUGUGCUUAUGCUAGAGGAGACAAUUAUGCUCUUGACAUUCCUUAACUGCUAGUACUGAAGUGUAAAUGGUGAUGCCCACACAUAUAGGAAAUCUCCUAAGUGGAGUAUGACUGGCGCAUGAAUUAAAGGUUUGUGUUGCCAAAAGCACAGCUAACCUAUUGUUCUACUAAAUUAGUGCUUAAAGCUUCAUAUCAGCAUUUAAAUACUUUUGGUAUUCCCAGCUGCAACAUGACACUCCUGUUUGGUUUCUGCAUGCUGAAAUUUGAGUUUGCUAAAUAUCAGUUGUAAAUCAGGGGCAAGUGGUGGAGCAGCCAAGGGUUGUAGCUGAUGUGUAUCUUGAGUGCUGCAGUAUUGUGUGAGCUCUGGUUUUCCUUGCUUUCUUUUUUUUCAAUACAAACUUCCCAAGAAUUUGGCUUCUGUCUGUAACUUGAUCAGAACUGAAGUAAGGGUAGAAGGGCGGAUUGAAGGAGGCAUAAAGAUAACAGUCUCACUAAUGAAUAGCAUGCUAUAUGUUUUAAAUCACCAAUCACAACCGUGAAGCCCAAGGGCUGAAGAACUGAAACAUUCAAUUGCCUUUGCACUCCUUGAGUUUUAAAUUCAGGAAAGACUACAGAAGUAUCCCGGAACACCCUAACUGCCACUGCUCAGAAGCACAUUCUGUGUAACUAUCUCCUCCCUGUGGUGACAAAACUGAUGUUAUGAACGCACAAAUAGUAAUUAAGAUGUCUUCUUCGUUCCUUUUAAGGUAAAAAUCACUGAUUUAAUUCACAUUGUCUUACAAGCUGAUGUGCGAAAUAAGGUGCCUCUUCAUAGGCUACCAUGUCGACUUUUUUUGCUAAUAUUCCUUGCUGUGAAUGCAUGCCAUCUGGUGAUAGGAAUCAGUGAAUGUGCAAGAACAAGAAUAAUUUGUGCUUUUUUUUUUUUUUAAACUAAACUGCUGCUACUUGGUCAGUAAUUGUUUUUACUGAGAUUGCUGGAAAUCUAUUUCAGCUGACUUCAGGUGGAACUCAGAGAAAAAACCAAAGAUGAAUAGAUGAAGGAGCUAUGUGGAUAAGGAGAAGCACUGGUUGCAUGCCAAGCUUGUGGAAGGCUGCACAGAGGAACAGAGGGCCUGAAGAUUUGUUUUCAGGCAGCCAGGUUGUACAUCAUGUGUAUCAGUCUUGAAAGCAUGCUUGGUAUGUACUAACUUCUCUCCCUUGGCUAGCAACCUUUUGAGAGUCUGAACUCAGUUUAUGUUCGUUAUUAUGCUGGUUUGGGCUGAGAUUGAUUUAAUUUGUUCCCAGGAGCUGCUACAGUGCCAUAUUUUGGGUUUAGGAUGAGGAUAAGGUUGAGAACACACAGAUGUUUUACCUGUUGCUAGGCAGUGCUUAACCUAAGUCAAGGACUUUCAACUUCUCAUGCUCUAAGCAGUCCUGGGGGCACAAGGAGUUGGAAGGGGGCACAGCUGGGAUAGCCGACCCCAAAUGACCCAGUUGCCACUCCCAGAUUCCAAGUACCUUCUGAAUUGCAAAAGCCAUCCAGGUUCACCUGAAGGCACAUUGGUAUAUUUUGUUUGGUCAGAUCUUAGUGUUUAAGUAGACUUGAACAAAGCAACUAAGUUUCUGAAAACAUGUUUUGCUUAGUGAAAACACUAAGCUAAAAGCUUAAAACUUAGAGACUAAGCUAAUUUUCCCAACAUCAGAGAUAUUGCAUAAACCACAGUGACUUCUUCUGCAUGUCCUAGGAGUAGGAGGGACAAUCGCACAUUGGUAAAUAACACUGUUGUAUCUUGUGAACAAUGUAUGCAGCAUCAUUCACAUGGAUACUUGACAGGUUAGAAAAAUAUGUAUGGCAGAUUUACUUAUUUUUGUCAGUCAGCCCUGGUUAAAUGAUGUAGAUUUGGACACCCUGUGAACUGUUCCUUUUGUUUAAUAUAAGGGCUGCACUUUGUUAGAGAAAAUGAAAUAAUCCACUGUCAUUUUUGUUUUUAUCAUAUUAGGGUUUUGGCAGACAAUUUGUUCAGUUUCCAAUAUUUAGUUAUUUAUGUGCUACUAACUAGCUUUGCUACAUUCCCUAGAGAAAGCUCCAUUAAAACUCUUAAUGUGACACUACGUAUUUUUAGUAGAUUAGAAAAUAGUUGCAAUUUUAAUUUAAAUUGAAAUGACUGUGUAAUGGCUGGACAGAUCACUCUCAGAUCCCUAGAGCUCUUAAUUGUAAUUCUCCAUUGUUUCUGUGCAUAAAUUUUCUUUUUAAGUGCUCAUUCUGAAAUACUUAACUAAUUUUUUUGAAUGUACUGUACUCAUUUAAUAGUUUUUUUUAUGGUUAACAACUUCAUGAUUAAACUUAAAUGUUAAAUAUAAGUGGUGGAAAUUA